CUAACAUUAUAUCCCUUGAUCUCACUAGAGCUGAGGGAGAGGCGGCGAGGGUGCGAAUCCCGCAUUCAAGCUCGAUGGAGGUCUCCCGGAUCUCCGCAAGAGAGUAGACCGCAGUUGCGUCACAAGGAUGCAUUGUUGGAUGCGAAGUCUGCGGUUCGUUUGGUCCAAACUGGAUCCAGUGCGCCGCCGAGCUCGCCGGCGGCCAGGCCCCCGAUGAACAGCGCGGGGCAAAGCGUUGGUACCGUUGCCUCAAGGUUGGGGUCUCCAGGUCAAGAUUCGACGCGAGCAUCUCCGCUCGAACUUCUUAUCAGGAAUGGCUGAAAACUGCUGCUGGUUAAAUCUUUUAUGGGAAGUGAUGCUACAUCUCGAAGCAUUUUUUCUGCUGUUGGUUACCAGGUGAAACGGGCGAGGAGCAGGUAGUUGUAAUCCCAUGGGCAGUGAUCCUUGAGAAGGUGAUGAAGUCCUUACCAGGCAAAAAAGGUCCAGUUUAUCAUUGGAUGAAGUCUGGUGUUUCUAGUUUCCAAGUAUGCAUUGAAUUGGACUGCACGGGCACAAGGUAUUCAGUUGUACCAGUUGGAUGCUGCAGUUCGGAAUUGAAGGUAUGCAACUUAUGAGCAUGGAAGGAUGUUUUGAACCAAUAUGUAUGCGAUGUGGCCGAUCUGCUUAUUGCUACACUAUCAAUCAGCGGAGAUGCCUUCAAUGUCAAGACCGAGCACCGCCACCUAGUUCCUGUCGCCGGCCUCCGCCACCGGACCACUUGUGCCACCCACCUCAGUUUGCAGGACGUAUAGCAAGGAGAUUGUUCGGCUAUGGCGGGGCGCGACAGAGGUCUGAUGAGGUCACUCACAGACCUAUUGGGCGGCAGAUCUACCGAGGCAGGUGAGUCCUCCCAGAGGACUCGACGGACAGGCAGGAGAAGUCGGAGGAGUGGAGCAGGUUCGUCGACGCGCGACGCCGCUGAGGGCUCCGGCACGGCUGCAGGAGGGAGGGCUGGGAGGAGGAGCAGGAGCAGGAGCAGGAGAGGUGCUCCUCUUGUGGAGGAGGAGGCAGAGGUGGUGGAGGAGGAGGACGAGGAGGAGGAGGAUCCCGGUGCUGAGGAGCAGGACGAGGAGGAGGAGGAGGAUGGGGCGGAUGAGGAGGAGGAGGACUUGGGCGUACCUGCCGUCUGGCAGCGAGGUCCCUCGAGGCUCCCAGAUCGUCCGAUACCUCUAGAGCACCGACCGGUCCUCCGACCUGACGGGAAAAUGAACUUUGAGAUAGUUGUUCCAGGUGUUGCUCACAACUGCAUGGCCAAUGGCAUCCUGGGCCUCCUCUGCAAGCGACACUACACAGGCGCCAUGGAUAUUGCUGGGGUACGUCAGCCAGCCUCUUCAUGGGAGCACUACAUCGCCGCACCGGAUGGACCAGAUGAGGAAGGCAGAGCAUUUGACAACAAGGCGCAUCGGGUGUUGAACGAACUAUGGGAUUUCGACAGAUACGAGGAGGGAAUGAUGCCCAGGUCGAUGCAGGUGGCUAGCAGAGCUUGUUACAAGCUGGUGGCGGAUAUGUUUUACGAGGCGCACAUCCAGGCCGUCAUCGACUACAAGGCCAGGAUCGAAAAUAGUGAGGAUCUACAAAGGACCUGUGAGAGACAUCAGACUCACCCGGGAACAAUACUUGCGGUGGACCGGUGGUGCUCGCAAGAGUGGGUGGAGAUGCACGAGGCUGCCCGGCAGCGGCGUUUGCUGAUGCCAGGUGCAUCGCACCAUCAGGGCAACCGUAACCUCAAGGUGUACGCGGCUAGAUAUUCGGCGUCACAUGGUAGUGUGCCUUGCACCCAAGUCCAGGCAUACUGUUUGGCCCACAAAGGAAAGGCGACGUCUGAUGUCACCUUCAACCCGCAGGAUCCGCCCGAAGUGUACAGCAAUGCAAGCGUCCACAGCCGCCUCAGUGGGUACAGCUCGAUGGCACAAGAAGUUCAUGGGCCGGAGUUUGAUGCGAUCAAUGAGCCCAUUGAUGGAGAAGUCAUCAUGAGGGCGGGAUUAGGCAAGAAGCAUGGACGGUACUGGUUUGGCGACAGCUUAGUCGAUAUGGCGACUACUCCCACUCUCUCGCAGAUUCGAGCCAGGAGUACCAGCUCAAGCCCUGCCAUACGCCCACGGCCAGACACUACACAGACUCAGAUUGAGGCUGUCAAGGUUAUUUCUGUUUCAUCCGUCAUUCCUCCGUUUUUACAUAUGUUCGCUUUGAAUUCUAACCCUGGGAUCAAAUCCUUUAGGCCCAGAUGGAAGCAGCCUUCUAAGCACGGCAGGAGGCGGCAGAGGAGAGGUGGAGGGCCGAGCGGGAUGACAUGCAGUAAAAAUUGGAUCAAGCUCUAACAUUUAUGCAAAGCCUGGGCUCGGCGAUGGGUGUUUCGCCUCCACAAUUCCCUUCGGCCCCACUUGUUCAUCGGGCAGAAACUCCUACCAAUCAGUCUGCGGCAUCCAAUGAUGGGCAAGUGAAUCCUGACUUCUCGCCUCCUGUGCAGCCGCCUCAGCAGUUUGUGUGGCCACCGCCUCAAUGGGUGGCUUGGAUUCAGCAGCAGCAGCAGCAGCCGUCACCACCGCAGCAAGGUUGGUCGCCGAUGCCUACAUGGCCGCCCCCGCCGAUGUGGCUGCUGCAUCCGCCACUGCCGCCUCCGCCGCCGUCGGCCCCGUGAGUUGUAUGGACUUCAUUUCUAGGGAUAUGUAUGCUAGCUUUACACUUGAACUUGUAUGGACUUGAUUUGUAUGAGCUUGUAUGAAUUUGUAUGGACUUAACUUGAACUUGUGGUUGUCGAUGAAUGAAACAAGAGUUUAUUUGUAUCUGUGCAUUUCUGGAUAAUAUCAAAUGCCUGCGAUGCUUCUUGGGAUACAUGAAAUGCUUAUUGUGAUAUACAUAAAAUGCUUGUAAUGCUUGGGGUACCAUAUACGUAAUAAA